GUCGUGGGACCAGACAGCUGUCCCGGUAGUUACGCAGCAACGUUCGCAUACAGAUUCGAGCUGGUGCAAUAAAGCACUGAUCUCCAGGCAUGGUGCAGCUUGUGGCUGGCCUGCUCGACCGCGGCGCCCCCCUCGCUGACAAGACGCGGGACCUCAUCCUGCAGAACACGGUGGUUCAGCCAGGCGGCCAGAGCGCCCUGCACCUCGCCGCGCGCGCGGGCGAGGUGGAGGUGGCGGAGCUGCUACUGGCGCGGCGGGCGGACCCGGCGGCGCUGGACUUGGACGGGAUCAGCCCGGUACACAAAGUGUUCCCUUUCAGCGACCCGGCGCGCGUGGGGGUGAUCGAGUUCGAGACGGAGGCCUCCAAGAUCGGGUUCUAUAAGAAGAUUCGUAAUGUGAGCAAGCAGGUAUCGGAGAAUUUGAAGUUGUGGUUCACAAACAACCGCACCUACAAGCAGCGCCUACGAGACAAGACGUUGGGACGUAUCAAACACUGGCUCAUCGAGAAAAAGGGCUGCGAUCCAGAGGACGUCCAGAUUGCAUGGAAGAGC